AUGGCCUUAUUAGUGAAGAAUAUAGUGGUAUCCAUUCAUCAAAAAUAGAUGAUAAGCCAUCAAAUUGACCCAAUUAAUCCUAUUCUUUUCCCUAUUCACAAUAUAUUCUAAAACCAAUGCGAGCCAUUUAUACAAUAAUAUUUGACUAUUCCCUAUCACAAAUAUCUAUAAUUGUAGAUCUAUACCAACAAUAUGAAACACAAGAGUCUACAUUAAUCAUUGGCUUAAACUUAUCCUUUGAUUAGUAUAUUUAUCUUGUGUAUUGUCCAAGUUAUGAAAUUCUGA